AAUUAUUUCAUCGGUUACCAACAACAAUGUCUUCAGUUGAGUGUUUGAGAGAGUUUGUCAACCAGCGACUAUCUGCUGCUGCUGAAGAAAUAUUCGGAGUUUUUAAAAGAACCAUCGUCGAGUAUCAGGAAGAGAUCGAGCGGCAGCGCGGAAUGUUGGAUGUUAUUUUGAGACCCGAAGUGAGGUUACACAGGAUAGAGCUCCCACAGUCACGUGUCUGUAAGCAGGAGGAGUUUCUCUCUGACCAGCAGCUGUGUCUCCAGGAGAGGAACCCCAGUGUGGACCAAGAGGACCCAGAUCCUCCACAGAUUAAAGAGGAACAGGAGAAACUCUGCAGCAGUCCGGAGGGAGAGCAGCUUGAACCGAAGCAGGAGGCCGACACCUUUACGUUAACUCCGACUUGUGAGGAAACUGAUCACAGUGAUGAUGAGACUCCGUUUUUUAAUCCUGACAAAAGUCAGAGUGAAUCAGAGGCAGAGCCUCCAGCUAGCACGUGUACCAGCUCGUUAGAUGAGGAAAUGGACUGUGAGCGUUUUGUGGGACCAGAACCAAACAUCUCUCAUGAAUCUGAUAGCGAAGAUCAGAAAGGAGUAAAACGUAGUUUAACAUCAACCAAGGAGUCACAACAGCAGAUUCUGGCUCCUCCAGAAGAGAAGACAUUUUCUUGCAAAACAUGUGGAAAAGAUUUCAAAUAUAGUAAAACCUUAAAAGUCCACAUGGAAGUUCAAACUGAGAAAAGACUGUAUUCUUGCAACACCUGUGGCAAAACAUUUGCUCAUGCAUCAAGUUUGAAGUCUCACACAAGAAUUCACACUGGGGAGAAGCCAUAUUCCUGCAUCACCUGUGGGAAAACAUUCACUGAUGCAUCAGGUUUGAAGAAUCACACAAGAAUCCAUACUGGGGAUAAGCCAUAUUCUUGCCUCACCUGUGGGAAAACAUUCACUCAGCCAGCAGGAAGGCAACCGGUGCUACGCCUCGGCAUGAGCCGAAGCGGAGCCACAGGGAGCACGCCUCGUUGA